AUGGGCCGCGUCACCGCCAUCAACGCCAGCCGCGGCGGCCUCGUCGCCAGUCUCAACGGCACCGACCUCAGCAAGCUCGCCUUCCUCUCCGACCUCGACCUCAGCUUCAACGAGCUCGACGACGACCUCCCCGUGCUCCCGGCGCCGCUCCCUCGCCUCCUCUCCCUCGACCUCCGCUCCAACUCCUUCUACUCCAUCCCCGACGGCUUCUUCGCCGGCUUCCCCGCCCUCCAGACCUUCGCCUUCGACGACAACGCCAUGCUGAUCAAGGACAUCCCGAACGACGUGGUCACCUGCUCCAACCUCCGGAGCUUCACGGCCAACAACGCCAGCAUCUACGGCACCUUCCCGGACUACUUCGGCAACGCCACCUUGAAGAGCAGCAUCAAGUACCUCGACAUCGGUGGCCAGCGAGACUUCGACGGUGGAGGCGAGAGUAGCCUCAGCAGCCGCAUCGACCUGUUCAUCCCCGACAUGGAAAGCCUAGUGGAGGCUCGCCUGGAUCACAACGCCUUCACCGGGCCAGUGCCCGACGCCACCAGGCUUGUCAACCUGCGCGUUUUCGAUGCCUCUUACAACGACCUGUGCGCUCCCUUGCUGCCACCGAGCUCCCUUGCCGCUGCCGAGCCCCCUGCCGCCGAGCUGCUGCCGCCGCCACCGCAGUUUGAGCUGCUCGACCUCCGCUACUUCACCGUCGAUCUCAGCCCAGACCACAUCACCGAGGUCAAGUCCACCGGCCACUGCUGCUCCACCUUCGACGUCUGCGUCGCCAAGACAUGGCAGGCCCGCACUUGCGCCCUCAUCGCCGCAGGCGACGCCGAGCAGGAGCGGCGGCGACGGGGUAACUGCUUCUACCCGGUGCUGGCAACAGGGAGCAGCGGCGAGGUGGCCGGGGCUGACAUCGUCGACGUGGUGCGCAUCAUCUGGGACGCGAAGGCGAGGCUCGCCGCCACCAAGCUCCCUGCCGCCGAGCUCCCUCCCUCGCCGCCGCCAACAAAGCCAACAAUGGCCAAGCUGGCCGUGCCUCCGUUGCUCGUUAUCCUUGUCUUGCUCCAAUCUGCCACCCGACUCCCCGUUGCCGAGACGAGCACGGCAGACGAAGAGUACAUGCACCGUCUCCCGGCGGCGACGGGCGCGGAGCGCCUGCUCGGCUGGAAGGCGGACUCCGAUCCAUGCAACGGCAGCUGGGUCGGUGUCACGUGCGCCCCCUUCGACGGCAACAGGAUCAUUCAGAUCGACGUGCGAGGCCUACUCCGUGGCGGCGGCACUCUGCCGGAGCUUGACCGGCAGGCCGGCUCCCUCUCCCACCUCCGGAUGCUCGACCUCGGCGACAACAACCUCACCGGCCCGGUACCCACGCUCUUCCUCGACCGGCUGCUAACUCUGCGCCUCGACGGCAACGCCUUCAGCGGUUUGCCGCAUUCCUUCUUCCGCGGCAUGCCUGAGUUGCACUACUUCUCCAUCAGCGACAACCCAAGACUCGAGGAGUGGGGUCUGUGGUCGGAUCUCCUCUCUCUCACGGAGCUAAGGGUGUUCAAUGCCAGCAAUGCCAACAUCAACGGCACGUUGCAGGUUUUUCUCGGCAACCUCGGCGCGUUCCCUGCCUUGGCUGAGGUGUCGCUCGCCAGGAACCGUCUCACCGGUGUUGUGCCGGAGAAGUUGGUGAGCCAGAGCAUCGCCAAGCUUGACCUGAGCAGCAACGGGCUCUCUGGAUCGAUCAACUUCAUCAACAACCUCGCGUCGUCCAUCACCGACCUCCGCCUCGACCACAACCACUUCUCCGGCCCUUUCCCCGCCGACCUGAGCGGCCUCUACUUGCUGAGCGUCUUCUCCGUCGCUCACAACCGGCUCACCGGCGUCGUGCCUCCGUCAUUGGCCCGGGUCUGGCGCCUUUCGUGGGUGUCUGUCUCCGACAACCUGUUGCAGGGGCCAGUGCCGGAGCUCCCUGACUCGGUGAAAACGGACUUCGCCGAGGCAGCUGUCAAGGGGAGCUUCUGCCGCCUGGACGUGCACGGCCCUUGCGAUCAGGAGACCAGCUCUCUCCUGUCGGUAGCCGCCGCGUUCCACUACCCGGAGAUUCUCGACGUUAGCUGGAGGCGAGACGAUCCGUGCAACGGUUGGCUCGGUAUACACUGCGGCGAUGGCGAUGGCGGCGGCGGCGGGCGGAACAAGGUGACCGGGGUGAACCUGUCACGCCUCGGCCUCAACGGGACCAUCGACCCGGCCUUCGCCUCGCUGCUGUAUCUGGAGGCGAUCAUCCUCGCGGGCAACAACCUCACCGGGACGGUCCCGGCGUCCAUCCUGCAGAUGCCGUCUCUCCGCGUGCUCGACGUCUCCAACAACGCGCUAGAGGGAACCGUGCUGAGCGUCCGGCACGAUGUGCUGAUCUUGGCUGAUGGUAACAGAGGAGGGCUCAACGUGACCGCCAUUGCUGCCUCUGGCAGCUUCUCGUCUUCUCGGUUCCAGCUCUCAGAGGCAACAACGCCAUUCCUUACCUUUGCUACCGUCUUUGUUGCACUGUUUGGUUAUUAG